AUUGAUGUCUUUAAUUAUUUUAUUACUUUUUUACAUUAAAGAGAGUGAAUCGAUAGACUGUUUCAAAUGUACGUCUAAUGUUGGAAAUGGUGAAAACCGUAUGUGUGAGGAUCCCUUCCAUAAUAAUUAUUCCUCAUCUAUACUGCACAGCCCGUGUUGGGCCGGUAGGAAAAAUAGGAACGGCAUAUUCCCGGGAACGGCAUGUAUCAAAUUGAGCGGAAAGUUCGAGGACAACGGAGAGACAAUGAUAGUCCGGGAUUGCGCUCUGGAUAGCGGGUCGCUCACCAUCGACACCGAAAUUGUUAGAAUGUCACAUUGCGGUGGCUUUUUCUUUGGUGACCGUUAUGUUAGAGGAUGUGUUCAGUCUUGUUUUGAAGACGCCUGCAAUAAUGUGGAUCCAAAUGUUGACAUUUUAUUCAAUAAUUUAUCAACAUUUCUAAUGACAACAACAAUCGGUUUAAUAAUGUCUAUGAAAAUUAACUGUUUAUUUAUUUGAGUGAAUGAUUUAGUC